CCCCUUCGCAACACAGCGGCCAAUGGCAGCAGAGUCUGGUAUGAUUGACGAGAAAUGUAACCAAUAAGAUUUCUCCUCGAGCCUCCUGGUGAGGGAGAGGGCGUUUUAAGAUGAUUUGACCCAAUUGCGUGGUCGCAUUUUGAUCGACAGGUACAUUCAACCAAUCCAUGUUUAGAUAAUCGCGGUUUUAAAGUUAAUGACAAGCGCGCGGAGCCAAUCAAAGAUCAAAGAUUUCAAUAAACUAUUCAAAAAGAGAAAAAAUUCAAAUGACGACAUGUUCCUUCCGGGUAUUAGCAAGUUAAAAGAAAAUCAAAAGAGGAAGAGCGCCACCUACAGGUGGUUACACAGUAAUACUGAGAGACAUUACACGCAAACAUUAGCUGACAAGUUCAAGUAGAUUUUGGUGAAAAUUGUCUGUUGCCGUUCAAUUCAACCUCGGAUGUCGGAGGUCGGAGGAAAACUGUAAUCUGUGUACUGACCAGCAGAGGGAGACACCGGUGGUUGUUGAAAGUUGAAAUAAUAAAGUGACAUAUAGAUCAUAUGUUGCUUUAUUUUCUCGUGGUUUUGAUUUAAAUUUGGAACCGAGAUGGAAAAAGCUAUUUUAAUUGGAAAGUGAAAUUUAAACUCAUAAAAACAGAAACUCUUACAUAGACGGAGAGAAUGAGGAAGAGGUGGAGGAAGGAGAGGAAGGAGAACGAGGGACGAGUGGACAUUUGUCAGAUCGGCCGUCGUUCUUCAGUCUGAUGGUUUUUUAUGAAGAUGAUCAGUUUCAUGAUUUUCUGUUACGUCUGGUUUCUGAUCUGCAGCGAAGAAAACUCCUCAGCUCUGAUCCGCUUCUCGGUCCCAGAGGAUCAUCACGUCUGUCUGCGCUGCGGCGGCUCCGACCGGUCCCGUGUGGUCUGGACCCACCGAGACCGGGACCGGGAGCAGGUCGUCCCGGUGACCGAGCACGGCAGCGACGACGCCAACGAGGAGCUGCAGCGCCACCUGCUGCUGUCGGACGGAGGCUUGUGUCUGCUGAGGCUCGACGAGUCGGACGGAGGAGAAUAUCAGUGUGAUGGAGAACUGGUGGCCGAGCUGCAGGUUCUCACAGCUGACCUUGUCUGUGGCUCCGCCCCCUCAGGCCUGGACUUCGCGGUGGCCUCCGGUCGGACCCUAUUGGUUCCCUGUAGCCACUCCCCCAGACCCCGCAAGCGGUGGUUCCGGCGUCGGAGCGGCGGGAGGCGCCAGUUGAUCUUCACCCGCUUCAGGAAUGGGACGUCCCGACCGGAGGAGGAGGGGGAGGGGGGGAGGGGCCGCCUCCGCUUCGAGAACGACGCGCUGCAGAUCCAGGACCUGCAGCCAGGGGACGCCGGAGAGUACCAGUGUAACGGCGAGAUGCAGGCGCGAGUGUCCGUCCUCACCGUUCAUCCAGAACCAACGAGCCUCCGCUCGACUUCACCUGCAACAUCUGCUGCCGUGACGACAGGUUUGGUCGAGUCGAAGAAAAAGAAGAAGACGACUGAGAGAACUCUGUUGAUGGUCGCUGUCGUCGGUUUGGGUUUGAUGAUCGUCCUCAUGUCGGUCUUCUGCGUCUUACUGAGCAGCCUCUGCAGCAGGAGGAGGCGGAGCCACGCAGCGGCUCGGAAACGUGACGACACGGUGCUGCAGACGCGGACGACGCUCGAUGCUCCGACAGAGUGGGAGGAGUCACAGAUGAUCCACUACGCCUCGCUGGGACGUCCUGACUGGAGCCAGAGGCCGAGCCGGACGCCACCGGACCAGGACCGGGACAAGGUCAUCUACUCCUCUGUCAUCACCAGACCUGCUGUUAGACACACACCUGUCACUUAGACACACACACACACACACACACACACACACACACACACACACACACACACACACACACACACACACACACACACUCACUCACUCACUCACUCACUCACUCACUCACUCACUCACUCACUCACUCACUCACUCACUCACUCACUCACUCACUCACUCACACAGACAGACAGACAGACAGACAGACAGACAGACAGACAGACAGACAGGUAAUAAUAAAGUUCUUUUCCUAUGAUCAGGAAUAAACAAACAGGUGUAAAGACGAUGGAUAUUAUUUUUAUUAAUGUUUGAUGAGUGAUUUAUUAAAGGUCUUUGACCUUCCUCUUUUUCUCACCCA